AUGGCUCCACAUAUCGGGGCUCUGCUUAGCGGCCACACACCGGGCAAACGUCUAGACCGUCGGGCUAUACCAGGUGAGGGUAUCUGUGCGUGCACCUGCACUCGCGCUUCUGUGAUCUGCGCUGGUCGGUGGAUCUCCCCGUCGACAUAGUCGAGACGAGGCUCUGCCUGGACCAUCGCAGGAGGCCACCAGGUAAGUUCGUCCUCAGGUAAUUGCAUUUACUCUGUCUCUGCCUUUGUCUGUUGAAGUUCCGUGUCGUAUGCUGCUCUUGCUGCCUGCCCUAUGUAUGCUAGUCUGUCUGUUAAUAGCUAAACGAAACCAUCGCUGCCUUCAGCGAUUGUCAGUCUGUCAGUCUAUGCCUCUCUCUCUGCUACUAGCUAGGUGUUACGGUGCUUGACGUUGACUGGUGCCUUCACUUGUCUCUGACUGAUGACUGUGUCCGCUUGUCCACCCUAGCUAGCUAUAAGUCCCAUAGCGUUAGGAUGUGUUUGUGCUCUCUCCUACUUCACUCCCUCAUAUCACCAUCACCACCAAGGUCCCAGGCUAAUUCGGGUCAUUCUCUCACUAACAAAAUGUCGUGGCCCAUAGUGGAGUCCGGCAGCCGUCUGGGAUAACCGGGCAGCCCUGUUCAGGGAUGCGUUUCCUGCCCUCGCGAGGGUGAGGGGGAUAGAUAAGGCGCCCUAAAGAUCGCUAAGAACCACGCGGUCGGUAGGCUGGCCGUGGCCGCAGACAAAAAGCACACGGUCGAAACAGCCAAAACCGAAACAACAACAACAACAACACCAGCAAUCACUCUCUCCCUCAUCCAGCCUAUUCUACUGCUUCUCCUUCUCCUACGAUUCGCCGCCGCAGUCGCCAGACUGGCUGGGUGAGCCCGCUCACUCUGGCAGUCUUGAAUGUUCGUUCCUUUUUAGACAAUCCGAGGAGCAACCGACCGGAACGGAGGACGGCGCUAGUGGCACGAGAACUGGCGCGCUACAAGGUGGACAUUGCCGCACUCAGCGAGACCCGAUUCUCCGAACAAGGCCGACUGGAGGAGGUUGGUGCCGGCUGCACCUUCUUCUGGAGCGGUCGACCCAGGGCAGAGCGACGAGACGCGGGUGUCGCCUUCGCCAUUCGAAACGUCAUCGUGGGACGACUGCCCUGUUUGACGCAGGGCAUCAGCGAUCGCCUGAUGAGCCUCCGCCUGCCUCUCUGGGGUGACAAAUUCGCCACAAUCAUCAGCGCCUACGCUCCGACAAUGACCAACCCCGACGCCGUCAGUGACAAAUUCUACGUAUACCUGCACGCCCUCUUGGCGACUGUGUCGUAG